GUUCAAAACUAAUGAACCAUUAAGAAACAUUUAUUAAAAAGUUAUUUCAAUGAACCAGAUGCACGUAGCGCGUAUAUUAGGCCCCUGCAGAACAUCUGAAGAUUUAAAGUGUCUGAAAUGUGAGCGGUUAUUAAAGGGAGCGAUCUGCUCUGAGGGAAGGCCCAGUCUGAGCAGCUCAGCGCUAGGAAGGAAAAAAACAAAACAAUGAAGGAAGUGGAAAAUGUUCAACAGAGCAAAUCUGACAUUCUUCCUUCAGAGGACAAAGUGCGGAUGAAGCAGGUCGGCAUCCAGCGGCCGCAGAGUGACGGUAGAAACCAACCGGCUGAAGGUCAGCACGUGUCGAGGAAGGAAGACGAUGUUUCUUGGAGUCUAAAUGUACGCCAUCAGGAAACGAUGCCUUUCUACAUCAAAGAAGAGGAGGAGGAACUCUGGAUCAGUCGGGAAGGAGAUGAUCUGCCUGGAGAAGAUGGAACUGAAUGCUCCAAAUUCCCAAUCAAUGUUGUAGUUAAGAGUGAAGAUGAAGAGGAGCCUGAGCCCCCACAGCUCAAGCACAGUCAAACCAGCACUAGAGAAGCAGAACUUCCAACCAGCAGUUCGUUUAAAUGGAUAAAAACAGAAACCGAUGGAGAGGACUGGGGGCGACUGGAACUUCUCUGUGAGUCGGAUCCAAGUCAUUUCAAAAUGGGUGAACAUGGAAGGGAUGCGGACUCUUCUGAAGCCGGCGAAGAUUAUGGCAAUUAUGGCUGUAAGAAUUGGCCGGGAACUUUUGCAGUUACUGAUAAUCUAUUGAAGGGAAGCCAGCUAGCUGAGUCGGCCAUAAACAGUGAUGCAGGCAGUAAUGCUGCCAAAAGGGUCUACAGCUGCUCUGAGUGUGGAAAACAGUUUCUAGAUGAACCGUCUCUGAAGAGACACAUGAGACGCAACACUGAAAAAAGUUCCUCCAACUGUUCAGUUAUUCAGAAGUGCUCUGAAGUGAAGAAGAAUACAAAUUCACAGACCAAAGUUCACACCGGCAAGAAAAACUUCAGCUGCGAAAUAUGUGGCAAAACCUUCAGAGAUCAUUUCAGCCUCACAUCUCAUAUCAGAGUUCACACAGGAGAGCAACCCUUUGGUUGUGAAGUAUGCGGUAAAAGGUUUAAGCACCAGCAUGACGUGAAGAAACACAUGAGAGUCCACACAGGAGAGAUGCCGUUUUGCUGUGAGGUUUGCGGUAAAAGAUUCAAGCAUCAGCACAAUCUGAAGACGCACAUGAGAAUCCACACGGGGGAGAAACCUUAUGUGUGCGAUAUUUGUGGGAAAAGAUCAAGGUUUCAGCAUAACCUGAAGACGCACAUGAUAAUCCACACAGGAGAGCGGCUGUUUGACUGUGAUCUCUGUGGUAAAAAGUUCACCUGUAAGAAAAGUCUGAAGGCACAUGAAUCGGUUCACACCGGAGAAAAACCACACAGCUGCGAGAUCUGUGGCAAAAGCUACAAACGAAAAACACACCUCCGUACUCAUAUGACUUCCCACACGGAGGAAAGGCCUUUCGGCUGCGAGGUUUGUGGUAAACGAUUUAACCGUAAAACAUACCUGGAGACACACAUGACGGUCCACACUGGGGAGAAGCCUUACAGCUGUGACUUCUGUGGUAAAAGGUUUACCAGGAAAACCCAUCUGGAUUCACACAUUAUAGUGCACACGGGAGAGAAACCAUUCGGCUGCGCAGUCUGUGGCCAGGAAUUCACCCAGCAGGGAAGUUUAGACCGGCACAUGACAUUACACUUAGGAUAAGGAGUGUUUGUGUUAAUGAAAAGUAUUUAGUAAGCUAUCUAACUGCAUCUGCAAGCAGAUACAGCUAGGAUCUUUUUUUCUUUUUUUGGUUAAAUCCGACUCUCCAGAACACUAUUACUUUGCAGUGUUAUUAUGUAUUCUGAGCUGGAAAUGAGUCCAAACACAUUUCAUCUGAAAGCUAUCUAACUGACUUUCUAGAAGUGAAGUAUUAGGUUGAUUAGUUUGAAUAUUGUGUUUAGUAUGUGUAGUAGUACGGAAGGGUUUCUAUGUUGUGUAUUAAUGAGCAGUACAUUUCUGCAGAACUACAAACACCCAUAUAAGUGGGUUCGUAUGAACUAGUUCCUCUAAUACUAAUAUUUUGGGCAAUUUGAGUUUAUAUACAUAUUUGUUCUGUAUAUAUCUUGGGAGACUUUGAUUUCCAGCAGCCAUCAAGAGUUUGGAGAGGUUUUCGAUUGAGAUUGCAGUCUUUGAUCUGCUGACUAAUUGCUGCCCUUGAUUAUGGAAGGAACUUGUACUUAAUGACAAUAAAAUAUUGUCA